AUGGAGCACGCUCCGGAGUGGACCCAACAUGCGCUGCGCCAGCUGGCGGCGCGGGCCCGGCGGCUCGUGUUGCACGGGCUGCCGCUGGAGCUCUUCGACCUGGAGAGCGAGGCGGUCGCGGCGUUCCGGUACCUGCAGAGCGGCUCAAACUCCGGGAAGGUGGUGCUCCGCGUGGCCUUCCUCGAGCAGAGCGCGCACGGGUCGCACAUCGUGACGGGCGGGAGCGGGGGCCUGGCUUUGGUGACCGCGGGCUGGCUGGUCGGCCGAGGCGCGUCGGCGGUGGUGCUCUCCUCGCGCAGCGGGCGAGUGGGCGCGGCGCAGGCGGACACAUCGGCGGGGUCGGUGGCCUCGUGUGCCUUGCUCGCGGCUCGCUGCGACGCGUCGGAGCCCGCCGACCGGAGCAUGUCGCCUGUCGAAUUCCACUACCAGCGCGGGCACCAGAUCGGCUACGUGCCGUUGAUUGCUGGAACGAGCUACAUCGCGCUCGCACGAGAGGUGAUGGCGACCUACCGCGCUGCUCCCUUCCGCAUCAGCGACUCCAAGUUCCACACGUUCUUCUUCCUGGACGAUGAGACCAAGGCGGACGCGUUGCAGCAGAUCUCCUACCACGCAGAGACGGGCAACAUUCUCAUCGAGUCGAACGUCGAUGGUGCCGCGACUGUGCACGCGGAGCUUCGAGCGAGCUUCUUCGAGCCAGCCGCUAUCGAUGCCCUGGACACUGCCAGCGCCAUCAGACGCUGCUCCCGGCAGGUCGAUGCCGCAGAGUUUUACGCCAGCAUCGGCAACAACUACCAGGGCGAGUUCCGCACGAUGACUAGCAGCUGGGUUGGGGAGAACGAGGUGAUCGCCCAAAUCGCCUUCCCCAAUCACAAGACCGCCGCCUUCCUACGUGGCUGUGCCUGGCUGGACGCUUGCAACCAGCCUGGCGUGCUGCUCACGCAGAAGGACCCCUCUGCGAGCCAGUGCCUGCCAGACCACAUGAUAGGGCGGCCAUACUUCGCGGCCCGCAUCGCAUCCUACGAGGUGCUGAGCACAAACUUGAAGCAGACCCGCGUGAUGUGGGGCUAUCACUAUGCUCCAGAAGGCGAGCCGGCUCUGAUGCGAGCGUACAACGCCAGCGGCAAGUGCGUCGUGCAGAUCCACGGUGGCGAGAUGGGCGAGCUCGCGCCGGGCUUCCUGGAGUCGCGGCGAGCGCAACGCCACAUCUACGAG